ACAAAUCAAAACCACAAACAAAAACUGAUAGAAAAAAUUAUUUAACCAAAUGUAAAUAAAGCAACAAGAAGACAUAAUAUCAUAACACAACAUCAUCAUUAAAGAUGUCAGACCUUAAAGACUAUAUAGAGAAGAGAGUUCGAGUAAUAUCUACCGAUGCCAGAUUAUUUGAAGGUAUACUACAAGGCUAUGAUAAAUCCACCAAUAUAAUACUAAGUGAUUGCAUAGAACGAAUAAUAUACCCUGAACCGGAGGAAGAGAAUCAGGAAAUACCGAUGGGGUUAUAUCUUAUGAGAGGAGGGAAUAUUGUUUGUGUUGGAGAAGUUGAUGAACAACAAGAUGAUGAAUUAGAUUGGAUGAAAAUUAAAGGCGAAAACCUUAAAGGAACUAAAAAUCCAUUAUAAUCCAUGUAUUAUAUAACUCAAUAUCAACCCCAUGCAUUUCAUGAUAUCGAUCAUGAUAUUAUUUAACUUAUAGACUAGCUUAC